AUUUGGCCUCUUUUGUCUCAGAGCCUCUUGGCCGAAAAGCCUCUCUCGCUUUAUACUGCUGUCGUCAUCAUCUUACUCUCCUGUUGCCCACUACGUUCUCCACAACGUCUCCCGCGAAGAGCACUCAUAUGCGGCCCAGUCAGCGGCCGACAGCAACCGGCAUGCGCGUCCGCUCGACGCGCGACGCCAAUGUACUCUUUCAUGCUGUUACCUGUGGGAUACUCCCAAUGGUCUCCCGCCGUCUAGAUGCCGCGGACCGUGCUGCGCUUCGACCCGGCUGUGUGUACAUAUGGGAAGAGCGUUCCCCCGCCUCCGAUGCCACCGGCGCAGGCAUGGAGCGCUUCACCGAGGGCCGACACUGGCAUCCUUCGCGCGUCCGUGACGACUUCUUGCUCUAUGUAGAAAAGGACUGGGAUACAAAUGAAGCGCAAGCUGCUGAAAGGAGCCGAAUGCUGAGACACCAUCGCGAUGCUUAUCCGUCGACGUCGUAUCAUAUUCAAUCUGCGCGACGCCAGCCUCUUAUAAAGCAGACUUACUCAGCCUGGGUUAACACCGGUACAUCUCUCAAAAAAUGGCACAUGAAUGCGUACUAUACGGAAGAUUCGCUCGAAGAACUUCGCACUGUGGACGACAUUCCUGUUCUUGCGAAUUUGCACGUACCGCAUGAGUGCUACCAGCGCGCACGCUCAAGCACUGUCGGCACCAGCAAGAAAGCCGAACGCGGACCGCGCGAACCUUUUUCGACUGACGUCGCAUUGGCUCAUGCUCCGCGGAGAAACUCAUCGUCGACCGCGUCUCAAAGCUCCCAAUCCGAUCGCGACCAAUCACAGUCCUCAGUCUGCACGCCACUUUCUGCGUACUCGCGCUUUUCACCCUUUCCACCCAGUCCAAUCUCAGCAAUUACGUCGCCGUCAUCAGGGCCAUGCGCUCGUGUGCACUCUCCACUUCCAAUGUCUCCUUCACGCAUCCCAGGCGGAUAUCCGCCAACACUUCCACCAUUGCUCGUGCCCAGCCAAGGACCCGGUUCCGGAGAGAUGUAUCGGAGUCCGGUGCAAUUCCCUACGCCUUCUCCAUCUCCUUCCGUAGCGUCGUCCCAUCCGUCUUCUCUUCCAUCACCAGCGGCUGACAACGCUGCAAGCCUAAGCUCUCUACAUGCCCUACCCGCACCUUUGGGUCCUCCGUCUGGUUCUUCUGGCCCUCGUUCGCUAGUACCCCUGGAGCAUCUGCGCGCGGGUCAUGCAACACUUCGCCGAGAGCCCGCGGACGAUGAGAUACUUCGCUCGUUCCGUCUGCUUUAGGUACUGCCGUCACUCAUGGAUUCUUAGAAUUAGGGCCCAAAAAAAGGACGGCUUUCCAUGGUUGUUCAGUCCCUGGAGCCCCUCUUCGUCUCCAGUGUUAUUUUUGACUUAUAUUCGUUUUUCCUCUACGAACCCCUUUUGUUUGAUCUUUGCACCCACGGACUCAACUCGCUUCGCUGCGCGCGCUUGCUUUUUUUGGCUCAGUACUGUACUAGUGUAUGCAUACCCUUCCGCCCUCUUCUCUAUUUCCUUUUUCUCUUCUCUUCCUUCUUGAUUUCUUGAAGACAUGCCACCGAAACGCAAAUGUAUACCACCAUACGCAUAUAUCGCUCAAUCAGACCAGAACGAAA